GUUAGCAAGUGGAAAUCACCGGAAAAACUACACAGCGCGGCAGAAGGAAAAUCGCGAAGUCACAGAAAAUUACACCGCAGACGGGAAAUAAGAAUACAAAAAAAAACAGCCCCAAAAGGCAGCGCAGUCGACGUCGGCAGCGCAGAGGGCUGAUAACAAAAGUUAAUAACAAUAACAAAGCGAGAAAAACAAGAAAUGAAAGAAUGAGAAGAAAAUAAAUAAAAACCGAAAACAAACAAAAAGAAAAUCGCGCUUUUAAUUAACGGACAUUCGACGUGGGCAGCGCAGUCGGCGUCGCAGUCGCCGUCGCGUGUGUGCGUGAGUGAGUGUGCGUGAGUAUCUGUGUGAGCUGGCGAUAUAAAACUGCAAUUGAUUGCAAUUUCGGCGGCAUUUGCAAAAUAGCAAGCCGGCGAGGAACACAAAACCAAGAAAUCAAUAAACAAACAAAAAUAUUUAUAAAAACAAACUGAUACCGCAUUCAGCACACAGAAAACAGCACUACAAAAAACAGCCAAACGGUGCGUCUAAUCAAACGGAUCCCAGCCGAAAUCAGCAGUCCGAUGUAGCGAGAGCAAUUAUAAAAUACGAAAAUGCAACCAUUCCGUUCCGUGCCGUGCUAAUGCAAAACGUAUACGAUCCGAAACCGAUAAAAAUACAAAUACAUAAAACGAAGUGAAAUAACAAUUUUACAGCCCACUGGAAAUCAAAUAUUGCAAUUACAUUGCCGAGUUCUGUAAAAUCUGCCCAACAAGAGGAGAACAUCAAAGGAACUAUUUUUGGAGACCUUUGCCGGGAAGCCUUUAAGCCAUCUAUAAACAGGAACAACGGUACUUGUUCAUCAAAUUUACAUCUGAUCCAGCUUGACUUUUGUCUAAUUUAUUGAGUACAGCCGCCAAAAAGCUGGGCGGAAUUGAAUGAACCAGGAAAUCAACCAGAAAGCAGCUAAACCAACGGAAUGGAAAAAAUGUUAGACCACGCCGUUUGUAGAGCGUUGACGAUUUGACGCGGAGCUGUGUCUGGAAGGAAACGCGACCGCUUUUCCGGCUCUCGAGGCGCCUCCACGCGGAGUGAGGUGCACGCGCAGAGAAGGUCAGCCAGCAACGACCCCGAGUGGUCCCAACUCACCCAAUCGAACUAAGCUAAGACGCACAAGAUGAGACAAAACCGACUGAAGGUCCUGACCCUGGGACUCGUCCUGCUCCUCACAUCCUGCCGAGCGGACGGGCCGCAGCACAGUGCGGAUCACGGCAUGGGCAUGGGCAUGGGUGGACACGGCCUGGACGCGAGUCCCGCGCCCGGCUACGGAGUGCCAGCCAUCCCCAAGGACCCCAACCUGCGGUGCGAGGAGAUCACCAUACCCAUGUGCCGGGGCAUCGGCUACAACAUGACCUCCUUCCCCAACGAGAUGAACCACGAGACCCAGGACGAGGCGGGCCUGGAGGUGCACCAGUUCUGGCCCCUGGUGGAGAUCAAGUGCUCGCCGGACCUCAAGUUCUUCCUGUGCAGCAUGUACACGCCCAUCUGCCUGGAGGACUACCACAAGCCGCUGCCCGUCUGCCGCAGCGUCUGCGAGAGGGCCCGCUCCGGGUGUGCGCCCAUCAUGCAGCAGUACAGCUUCGAGUGGCCGGAGCGGAUGGCCUGCGAGCACCUGCCCAUCCACGGCGACCCCGACAACCUGUGCAUGGAGCAGCCCUCCUACACGGAGGCGGGCAGUGGCGGCAGCUCGGGCGGCUCGGGUGGCUCGGCCGGCGGCUCCGGCUCCGGUGGCAAGCGGAAGCAGGGAGGCAGUGGCUCAGGUGGUUCCGGAGCUGCCGGUGGAGGUGGAUCCACCUCGUCGAAGCCCUGUCGCGGACGCAAUUCAAAAAACUGCCAAAAUCCCCAAGGAGAAAAGGCAAGCGGAAAAGAGUGCAGCUGCUCGUGCCGCUCCCCACUCAUCUUCCUGGGGAAGGAGCAGCUGCUGCAGCAGCAGCAGGCGCAGAUGCCCAUGAUGCACCAUCCGCACCACUGGUACAUGAACCUCACUGUCCAAAGGAUCGCCGGCGUGCCAAGCUGCGGCAUUCCGUGCAAGGGGCCCUUCUUCAGCAACGACGAAAAGGACUUCGCCGGCCUCUGGAUCGCCCUGUGGUCGGGCCUGUGCUUCUGCAGCACGCUCAUGACCCUAACGACAUUCAUCAUCGACACGGAAAGGUUUAAGUACCCCGAGCGGCCCAUCGUCUUCCUCUCCGCCUGCUACUUCAUGGUGGCCGUGGGCUACCUGUCGCGCAACUUCCUCCAGAACGAGGAGAUCGCCUGCGACGGCCUGCUGCUGCGCGAGAGCUCCACGGGCCCCCACUCCUGCACCCUGGUCUUCCUGCUCACCUACUUCUUCGGCAUGGCCUCCUCCAUCUGGUGGGUGAUCCUCAGCUUCACCUGGUUCCUGGCCGCCGGCCUCAAGUGGGGCAACGAGGCGAUCACCAAGCACUCGCAGUACUUCCACCUGGCCGCCUGGCUGAUACCCACCGUCCAGUCGGUGGCCGUGCUCCUGCUCUCGGCGGUGGACGGCGACCCCAUACUGGGCAUCUGCUACGUGGGCAACCUCAACCCCGACCACCUGAAGACCUUCGUGCUGGCCCCGCUCUUCGUCUACCUGGUGAUCGGCACCACCUUCCUGAUGGCCGGCUUUGUGUCCCUCUUCCGCAUCCGGUCGGUGAUCAAGCAGCAGGGCGGCGUGGGCGCCGGCGUCAAGGCGGACAAGCUGGAGAAGCUGAUGAUCCGCAUCGGGAUCUUCUCGGUGCUCUACACGGUGCCGGCCACCAUCGUGAUCGGCUGCUAUCUGUACGAGGCGGCCUACUUCGAGGACUGGAUCAAGGCCCUGGCCUGUCCCUGUGCCCAGGUGAAGGGUCCCGGCAAGAAGCCCCUCUACUCGGUGCUGAUGCUCAAGUACUUCAUGGCCCUGGCCGUCGGCAUCACCUCGGGCGUGUGGAUCUGGUCGGGCAAGACCCUGGAGAGCUGGCGACGCUUCUGGCGGAGGCUGUUCGGAGCGCCCGAUCGCACGGGCGCCAACCAGGCGCUGAUCAAGCAGCGACCACCGAUUCCGCAUCCGUACGCCGGCUCCGGAAUGGGAAUGCCCGUGGGCUCGGCGGCGGGCUCCCUGCUGGCCACGCCCUACACCCAGGCGGGCGGCGCAUCGGUGGCCUCCACCAGCCACCACCACCUGCACCACCACGUUCUCAAGCAGCCGGCGGCCAGCCACGUAUGACAUGGAGAGUCGGGGGGAGCAU